GCCACGCCCGCGCAGGGGCGCCACAGGAACGAUGCAUGCCGGGACCGGGAAGAUUCAGUCUCUGAACGGCCCGGAGUAGUCGUCUUUCCCCUUCUGACUGCCGCCACUCCGCAGUCCAGAAUAUUUGAAGAUCAAUCUGAACUCGAGAGACUAACGAGAACGGUCCCUUUUUAAUUCCUAACAGAUUCCUUCCGUGGCAAAGUAACCGGUCGUCUUCCGUUUCCGGUUUCCCUGUUGCCGUGGUAACCGCAGCAUAACAGCCGUGGUGGUUAUGGCGGGCCUGAGCGGCGCGCAGAUCCCCGACGGGGAGUUUACCGCGGUAGUGUACCGGCUCAUCCGCGAUGCCCGCUACGCCGAGGCGGUGCAGCUGCUGGGCCGAGAGCUGCAGCGGAGCCCUAGGAGCCGCGCUGGCCUGUCGCUGCUAGGCUACUGCUACUACCGCCUGCAGGAGUUCGCGCUGGCGGCCGACUGCUAUGAGCAGCUGGGCCAGCUGCACCCGGAACUGGAGCAGUACCGCCUGUACCAGGCCCAGGCCCUGUACAAGGCCUGCGUUUAUCCGGAGGCCACCCGGGUCGCCUUCCUUCUCCUGGAUAACCCCGCCUACCACAGCCGGGUCCUCCGCCUGCAAGCUGCCAUCAAGUAUAGCGAGGGCGAUCUGCCAGGGUCCAGGAACCUGGUGGAGCAGCUGCUGAGUGGGGAAGGGGGAGAAGAAAGUGGAGGCGAGAAUGAGACCGAUGGCCAGGUCAACCUGGGUUGUUUGCUCUACAAGGAGGGACAGUAUGAAGCUGCAUGCUCCAAGUUUUCUGCCGCACUGCAGGCCUCGGGCUACCAGCCUGACCUUUCCUACAACCUGGCUUUGGCCUAUUACAGCAGCCGACAGUAUGCCUCAGCGCUGAAGCAUAUCGCUGAGAUUAUUGAGCGUGGCAUCCGCCAGCACCCUGAGCUAGGUGUGGGCAUGACCACUGAGGGUUUUGAUGUUCGCAGUGUUGGCAACACCUUAGUCCUCCAUCAGACUGCUCUGGUGGAAGCCUUCAACCUUAAGGCAGCCAUAGAAUACCAACUGAGAAACUAUGAGGUAGCUCAAGAAACCCUCACCGACAUGCCACCCAGGGCAGAGGAAGAGUUGGACCCUGUGACCCUACACAACCAGGCACUAAUGAACAUGGAUGCCAGGCCUACAGAAGGUUUUGAAAAGCUACAGUUUUUGCUCCAACAGAAUCCCUUUCCUCCAGAGACUUUUGGCAACCUGUUGCUGCUCUACUGUAAAUAUGAGUAUUUUGACCUGGCAGCAGAUGUCCUGGCAGAAAAUGCCCAUUUGACGUAUAAGUUCCUCACACCCUAUCUUUAUGACUUCUUGGAUGCCCUGAUCACUUGCCAGACAGCUCCUGAAGAGGCUUUCAUUAAGCUUGAUGGGCUAGCAGGGAUGCUGACUGAGCAGCUUCGGAGACUCACCAAGCAAGUACAGGAAGCAAGACACAAUAGAGAUGAUGAAGCUAUCAAAAAGGCAGUGAAUGAAUAUGAUGAAACCAUGGAGAAAUAUAUUCCUGUGUUGAUGGCUCAGGCAAAAAUCUACUGGAAUCUUGAAAAUUAUCCAAUGGUGGAAAAGAUCUUUCGCAAAUCUGUGGAAUUCUGUAACGACCAUGAUGUGUGGAAGUUGAAUGUGGCUCAUGUUCUGUUCAUGCAGGAAAACAAAUACAAAGAAGCCAUUGGUUUCUAUGAACCCAUAGUCAAGAAGCAUUAUGAUAACAUCCUGAAUGUCAGUGCUAUUGUACUGGCUAAUCUCUGUGUUUCCUAUAUUAUGACAAGUCAGAAUGAAGAAGCAGAGGAGUUGAUGAGGAAGAUUGAAAAGGAGGAAGAGCAGCUCUCUUAUGAUGACCCAAAUAGGAAAGUGUACCAUCUCUGCAUUGUGAAUUUGGUGAUAGGAACUCUUUAUUGUGCCAAAGGAAACUAUGAGUUUGGUAUUUCUCGAGUUAUCAAAAGCUUGGAGCCUUAUAAUAAAAAGCUGGGAACAGACACCUGGUAUUAUGCCAAAAGAUGCUUCCUGUCCUUGUUAGAAAACAUGUCAAAACACAUGAUAGUCAUUCAUGACAGUGUUAUUCAAGAAUGUGUCCAGUUUUUAGGACACUGUGAACUUUAUGGCACAAACAUACCUGCUGUUAUUGAACAACCCCUGGAAGAAGAAAGAAUGCAUGUUGGGAAGAAUACAGUCACAGAUGAGUCCAGACAAUUGAAAGCUUUGAUUUAUGAGAUUAUAGGAUGGAAUAAGUAGUUACGGCUGAUAGUGGCUUUUUUCAAAAUGGCUUUCUUACGUAUCACACUUUUUUUAUCUGUAUUUAGCCUUGGCAUCUUUAUAUUUGUCUUAUUUUGAAUCUUAUCCACUUUAUAAGAACAAGUUUAUGUUUGAGCAACUUUUUCAUUUAAUCCAGAAGAGUAGGGACUAUGCAGUGUAAGCUGCAUCACUUCUGCUUUCUUCCUACUAGUGACAAUCAUCUGGUCUUGCCCUCAAGCAACAAUUGCUAGAGUAACAUCUUUGUAUAAGCAAGUAACCCCAGAUAGAGUUGAUGUUUCGGCUUUGGGCUGUCAAAAGGGUAUGUCAUGGACCAAAGCACUGUUAGUACGGGUAUGUUUGCAUUUGGUCACUGAUAUGUAAAUGACUGCCAGCCCACGGCUGGACCACUUCUCAAUCAGCAAAUAAAGCCAUGUCUAUUUUGCUAUCUCAGGAUAGACUAUGCUGUCUAAUAAAUCUAAUUCUUAACUCUAUUUCUCCAGUUUUUUAGUCCUUUAACUUUCUGGAUUGCAACAAAGUCUAGUUUAGACCUUCUCUAAGCCCUUUUAGAAGUACAAGUAUAAUGGGAAUUUCUUUUCUUGGUUCUUUUCAGGUUAUGAGGUUUGGUCAGUGACAUAAUUUUUUUUUGUAAUUUGGUUGAUUGGUUGUUUCUUAAGUUUUAUAAUAAACGUUUUUCUUCAUGUUCUAUUUUUGAUUUUACAGAAA